CUACACAGCCUUCUCGACUGUUGAUGAUGGAGUUUCACCGCGGGGUCAUCAAGAAUAACGCAGAAUUCUAAAAACGUUAUUUUUGAAUGUGCCAUUGUCCAAAAUGACUAGCAUACGGAGGAAAAGUGGAAAAUAUUCACCAAUGAGCUCGGCAGUCAGCUGCUCUCGCCUGCGACAGCUCCAGGCCCUACUGAAGGAUGGCGCCAGCAACGCACCUGAUGCCAUACUCUGCUCUUUAGGAAUUGAUAGCCGGUACAAUGAGGGCUGCACUGAGCUGGCAAACUACCUGUUCUUUGGCCUGUAUCGGCCCAACCAGCUGGACCUGGAUCACAUCUCAGAUGACCUUGCAGAAGAGGUGCUGGACGAUGUGAUCCUGCUGAUUAAAGCCGAGAGCGUCCACCUGUACUGCAACCCGUUGAAUUAUGAGUACCUGCUGCCCUUCGUAGCCCACUGGAGGAACCUCCAUCUGCACUGCAUGACAGAGACAGAGUAUGAGGAUGAAGAGGCAGCGGAGGAGUUCAAGAUCUCUAGUUUUGUGUCCAUGGUGCAGGACUGUAGCCGCAUUGGGAUUCCCUACAGCUCCCAGGGUCACAUGCAGAAAUUUGACAUGUUUAUGCUGGAGAAGUGGCCCAUCAUUCAGGCCUUUGCUCUGGAGGGAAUUGGAGCUGGAGGGUUUUUCACCAUGAAAUAUAAGCUAAUGGACGUGAGUGAGAGGGUGUGGCAGACGUAUGCUAGACUGGACCCCAUGUCUCUGGACCGACUCAUCACAGAGGACCUGGCCCUGUUUGAGAGGCAGUGGAGCAGCUUCUUCUCAAGUCUCAACAUUGAGACACAGCUGUCCAUGCAGGAACUCUCUGAAGCCCAAGCUGGAGAGGCAUUCCGCACUUACUUUUCCCACGGACUGAUUUCCAGCAAUAUCUCAGACAAAAGUAAAAGCUGGCAGCCGUUUGCGCUGUUUGGGAGCCACUCGUCCAUGGAGGACAUCCAGAGCUAUUGCUUCACCUUCCCCUCCGAGGGCCACCAGAUCCGCAACACCGGGCCCCGCGGGGCCAGCUCCAAACACAUGGUUUUGCAGUGCGUUGCCCCAAAAGGGCCUCUGGCAUGUGCACGAACAUACUUCUUCGGCACCACGCAUGUCCCAUACCUUGGAAAUGACAACGUUCAGCAGAAGAACACAGACCUGCUGCUGCUCUCUCAGAUCUAUGCUGCUGCUGUUCAAGGGGUUUUCUCUGGCAUCAAGUGUUUCUCCUACAACUCCAGCAUCAGUAAGGCAAAGGAUGUUGCAGAGCAGACAUUUCAGCGUAAUUUGGACUCCCUCGGUUUAACCCAGUAUAGGAAUGCUCUAAGGUCGAAGGCCGUGUUUAGCAUUCAGGCUGUGAAUAAUGAGGGAAGGGUGGUGCCCUUGAGUCAACCAGAGAGCCGCUUCCUGGUGAAAACUGCGUCCAUGUCGGUGUAUGACAUCCCCGAUCUCCAGCGCGCAGGAACUGAACUGGGCUCUGUCAUCUUCUCAGAGUCCUUCCUAGAGUCCAGCAUUUACAUCCAGGACAAAGAUGGCGCCAUGUCCUCAGACAGCUGCUUCACCAUCCUCACCUCCUCAGUGCCACGAUAUGUCUCCUGGCUGGUGGAUGACAGUGAUGUGAAACUCUCUGAGCACGCCCAGCAGUUGCUGAAGGCUGAGGAAGGAACAUGUUUGGGGACCCUCCUGGCUGUUGGAGACUCAGCCCAGGUGUUUUCCUCUAGCCCACUCUGCACACCUGAAGAAGGUAAACUGGUGUUUUUCUCAGAGGGGUUGCUGUUUGUCCACCCCCAGUACGGUGCGGUCACUCUCUCCAAGAACCACAUCAAAGGCGUCAAGCUGUAUGACGGGGACUCUCUGUCAAAGCUGUCAGUGCUGUAUGUGGAGUACGAGAGUUCUCUGCUCCCACACCUCCCCUUCCACCUGCAAAGCAAAGACCACUGCCUGGGCCUGGCCUUAACACACAGCACCAAGAGCUACAGAAGCCUGUACUCACAAGUCCUUCAGGUGUGGCAUGGGCCAGACUCAACCUUCAGCCUGCAGAUGGUGGACGCAGGUCAACUUAGUGGGGAGCAAAUGAGCAUGUACUCCAGAUUGCAGAUAUUCAAUGAGGGUCCCAGUUCAUCUGCACUCAAACAGAGAGUAGUGCUUAAGACGGCAUACCCCGAUCUCCCUGAGCUUGAUAGGUUCCGGCAGCAUUUUGCCCUAUGCAGCAGUGUGUGUGAUGAACCUGUAAACAUUGAUCACUUGGAGGCGCUGUUCCCCAACACACACAUCAGUGCAAGUCUGCCUGAGAACAAACCCAAGGUGGUGGUCUCUGUGAUCACUGGGCUGCCAGGAAGCCAUAAGGAGAGCUUGUGUGAUUUCCUGCUCAGCCUCAAUCAGGAGUCUAAGAGGUGGAUGAUGUACCGCCCCUCUCCAGACGCUAUUGGCUUCAGUGCCUCUCACCUGCAACAGUUCCUCAGCAAAGUGGUCGAGAACCAGAAGCAACCAGAACAGAGAGUUCUGCUGACGACCCCAGGGUACACAGACGUACUGGAGGUGGUGCAGUGUAUUGUGUCUCACCCUGACCCUGUGGUGAGGUCAAGUGUGAGGGUGGGGGCAGUGACUGCCUGUGUGAGUCCUCUCAGCUCUUACAUGGAGCACAGGUUUUUCUUCCCCAAACUGCUGGAGCAGUGCAGUCAAGGUGUUGUGAGUAAUGUCGUGUUCACCGGACUGACGGAACAGAAGCACCCUCUCCUCCAGCACGUUCAGCAGCUAGUCCGAUCAGCCAAUCCCAACGCAGCAUUCAUCCUGGCUGACAGAGGUGCAGUCACGAGGACUGCGGACAUGAGAUUUAUUCUUUCUGAGAACAGCUUUUCCGAGGCUCAUAUGAUAAGGGCACGGUACCUGUUGUACCCAGGAUGGGCUGGAGGCAAGUUUGUGUGCGGUUCUGCCUCUCUCUCUAUCUCUCAGAUUCGCCUGCAAUUCAGCCAGCCCCUAGAGAGAGCCCUGUUCCUGCACCACUGCAAAGCACUGAAGUCCUCUCUGAAGACGAGCCCAUUCAAGGGGAACAUCUACCACCUCCGGGGCACCAUACGCUUCUCUGACUCCAGUAAGCUGAUGGAGGUGUGCUUAAACACUGUGACUGGGAACCUGACCCUGGUGGACGCUUUGCCCAGCGGCGACGCUGCCUGUCCCCCUUCCGUCCUGUUCUUCCACGGGGUCGGCCUCACAGAGGACAGCCUCAAGGACUGGCUCCGGCUCUGUGCCAAGCAGAAACUGAUGAAGAAGGUGAGGAAGACCCGCAAGAGUCUGAGCCCACAGGAGCUAAGGAGCAUCCAUGUGAGACGCCAUCUGGACCCUCUGCCUCCCGGCUACUUCUAUAAUGGCCGUCAGUUCGUCAGCUUCUUUGGAGAGAAGUCUACCCUCCACCCCUGUAUCCUUUCAUGGUGUUUAAUGCUCUGUGUGUGUGUGUGUGUGUGUGUGUGUGUGUGUGUGUGUGUGUGUGUGUGUGACAGAGGUGAUGUUGGUACCUCCUGCAGCUCAGGUGAGGAUCUCUCGUCUGCCCAACGGUGUGUGUGUGUAUUUAAUGUGAACACACACACACUCAUACUCACAAUCCACAAACCACCACACCCUGGAUAUACUUCAAACACUAAAUGAGAGCAGUCAUUGGGUUGGGUCUGGGAUUAAGUCAAAAGUUGUUGGGGAAAGCGCUUUUGAAUCUUGGGUUAGUCUAACUUGACUGACUGGGGGUAGGUGUUUGGGUUAGGGUGGGCGGUGUUGGGUUGGUUGGUGUUCUUGCCGUGGGUGUUAGGGUGGGACUGGGAGGUCAGGUGGGGCGUGGGGUUGCCGUAGAGGUGUUAGAGGCUGUAUCUAUAGGACAGCGUGUGUAUGUGUGUCCCUGUAGAGCAGCGGCCUUGUAUGCGCACGUGUUCUGUACUGUGCAGUCCAGUGCUGCGGUAGACGCAACUCUCACAAGAGCCGUUAGUAGGCUGAAUCUCUAUGCAUGUUUCCUCUUUACUAAGAACCUUUACACAGCAGGGGGUUAGCAGUAUCCUACACACACAAACACACAAUCUUAGAAAAUUUUCACUAAACCUAAGUGCCAAGCUAUUUGUCACAAUUGCCUUUGCUGGUGAAUCAGAUGACAAAAGGCAACUUGAUUUUGUGUUUGGGAGCCACACAUACACACACACACACACGUGUGUACAGACACACACAUACACAUUUAUUCCCAAAGACUGGACACUGCUGGCCCCCUCUGUACCAGUGAAUGCGGUGUGAGUCAGUGUGUACACGCCGCGUGGGUUAGCAUUCUUCUUUCUAAGCCAUACACCGUUUUGCAGAUUAACCCUUGUGGUACCGUCGUUAUUGAAACUUGUCGCCUGUCGCCAUGGGUAAAGAAUCAUCUCUGUCCGUCGCCUGCAGGCAGUCAUGCGGUAGGCGCGUCACUGUUUCCACGGUGAUACGUCAUUCUGUCUUCGCGUCAGCGGACUUGAGUGAGCGAGUGGUAGCUUAACCCCAAGACUUAGCUAGCCUUUUAAGGACCCGAAUACUUUUACACACUUCUAAGGUGGGUGGGUGCAAGUCAUGUUAGUGUGUGAUGAAUUCGCUCGCCUAGCCUUAGGUGUGUGUGUGUGUGAGUGUGUCUGUGUGUGUAGCCGGUGCAACUCUUUAGCGGUCAUCUGUCAACACUGACCCAAAUAUACACUCACACAGAGACACAAGCACAAAGCUCUUAAGAAUACACCACUUGCUGUGUUGUGUGCACCAGUUGUGUUCUGAGUGCGGUUGCACAAUACCCAUGAGUCCCACACACACACACACACACACACACACACACACAACUGUAUAACAACAACCCACAUACCCUGCUGUUGCUUGAGUCUCAGUAAUACUUGGCCUUGAGGAUAGGUUGUUUGAGUGUGUGAAUGUCCCACAGGACCCUGUGAUCUAACUUUAGGUCUCAUUAAAGGCCUGGCUCAUGUCUAACCUUACAUAAUAUUUAGUUCUAAGUAGCAGUAAUUAUUAGCACAUACUAUCUGCAUGUGUUAAGAUGUCUUACUGAGGUCUAUUUACGCUGACACAAAUGCCUUUCACCACACUGGUACUACAAUGAAACAAAAACUAGAUUUUGAAUUUAUUUUGCAUAUCUGAUGGAAAAAUUUGAAUUACCUCGAACCAAAUAUAUAUUGAAAAAGUGAAAUAUUUUUUUAGAAUGCUGUGAAUCAAAAAGCCGAAUCAGUUUGAGCCGGGGAAUCUCGGGAUCUCAGUAAUUUUUGGGCUACAGAAAAAAAUGUCAGAAAAAGAAAACUUGAAUUUUUUUUCUUUCUUUUACAUUUCUGUACAUGGUUUGGCUGCUGCUGUGUGCAUAAGAGCUCCAGCGUUGGUGAAAGGCUCACGCUACAAAGCAAAGCAUUAUGGGUAGCGGGGAGAGCACUGGAGGGCCGCAAAAGAGAAGAAAAGCUAAAAAGGAAGAAAAAUGAACGAGAAUGUGAAAAUAGUAAAUAAAGAAAAUAAAAGAUAGUGCUCAGGUACAGAAUGAAUUGAUUGGUUAUUGAAGGAGCUGUUUUUCCUCCAAUGGGGCUCCACCCUGCCUUCAGACUGGUCUCUGAUUUGGGCAGGGUGGUGGCCAGUUCUUUGGCUCUGAGAGGACCCCUCCAUUCAUUGCACAGAGAGGGGCCCCCAGCGACUCGCGAGGCCCUCCAGAGGCUGCCCUUGCACAUGCCCGCAUAUAUACGCAGACGUUCUCUGCGUUCCCGUCUGUGUGUGUUUGUGCUUUUCUCUCCGUCCGAAGAGCUGAGGUUAGAGGACCUAAACAGAGUUUGGUGUCUAAAGGAAAUGAUUAGUGGGGAUUUUUCUUUGAAAAAUUAUAAAUAAAUAAAUCAAUUAAUGUGGUUUGUAAGAAGUCAAACAAACCCCAUUUUGCAGGUGUUAGCGCUUACAGUGGCGAUCACACUAAAGAGGGUGUUGUCCCUCGAGUUUCUCGUCCAAUUAGAGCACUUUUUUUCCUUUGAUUUCAGGGCUGUAGAGGACUAAUCUCCCAAUUGAGACUGAAAAAGGCUUGUUCCCACACGAGUUGGAAAUUACACAUGCAAGUGUGCGAUGGUGUGUGUGUUAAAAGGCUAGCUAUUACCGUCCAGGACAAAAUGGCUUAAUUGUAUUGCCAGGUGUGCGAGUUGUUAGUCAUUCAUGCAUACCACUGCCAUCUAUACUGAAACACUUGUCAUGUGUGUCACAUACAAACACAACGCAUGUGUGUCACAUGCUUCAGUUGUGUGUGUUUUGGUAUUAGACAAAGUGGUCUCAUCUCUGGCUUUGAGCAUUUAACCCAACAUGGUUAAUGGUGUUCUGGCAUCUAUGUCUUUAUGUAACCCCCCCCACAAAGUGGUGCACAGCAGCCUGUGUCAGGUUGUCUGACCUCUAUACCUAACCUCUGCAGGGGUAAGUACUGUGUAUUAAAUGGACUCCUGUGGGACAACAUGGCCGCACACAGGCUGCUGUGUGUGUGUGUGUUAUGAUGGUCCUGCAUGGACGUUAAGACAUAAGCACACAGAGGGAAUGAAACGGUUAAGCUCGUUCACCUGGCAGUGCCACAACCUGACGGACCACAAACACAUACACACACUUACAUUCUUACACGCACGCACACUUACACACUUGCAUGUAAGUUUAGGGGGGUGGGGGUAUAAAAUGUGAAUCAGAGAAUUUAGAAAGCAAAAGGGCUAUCAUAUUCUCUCUGCUCCCCAGUAAUUUGCUGCUGCUGAAGUUUCAAACAAGGUUUUGUUAUGUUUUUCUUGUUUUGAUAUUUCUUUAUUAUUGUUUUAUUUUUAUCCCAUGUUUAUUGUUCUUUGUUAGAUUGUUUUGUGGGAACAAGCCAAAUCAUCCAGGGAUAGUCUCCUCCUUUUUAUUAUGUCUUUUUUUUUUUUGCACAUAGCUUAAGGUUUUGCGUGACCUCAUAGGUUACGGGGACACACUUCCAGUUUCCUGAAAAACAAAGAAGCAAGUAUCUACUUAACCUCCUAAAAAUGCUUAAGAUUCACAAUCCUGUUUCUACAAGCAACAACAAGAGAGAAGGAAAGAGAAAAAAUCAAUAAAAGAUUUCAGGACGUUUUACUUGAAAGUGCCAAAUUGUUUGAUUUCAAGCUGUUCAACUGUUGGUUUUUAAAUUCAGUUGAUGUUUUUGUUGUUUUUAGGGUGAUAUUCACUUCAAGCAAAUUUAAUAAAUUGACAGCGUGGUGUUUUGCAGAGUUACUGUAAUUCUGUUUUCCUCCUGUGACUGAUGCUUUUGAUACUCUCAUCUAACUGUGGUCUUGACCAGCCUCAGAAAUCCAUUAAAUAUUUAUAUGCUUGAUGAA